CCACAGUACGCAUACUUCAGGAUGGGGGUCCAGCAGAAGGAGAUGGUGAAGGCCCGGCUUUUUCGAAUGCCCUUUGCCGAGCUCAGAAACCGGCACAUCUUCUUGGAGCGCCGGGGGCUCUAUGAGACCCCACACAAAGGCCAGACCCAAACCAGCAACCCAAAGCUGAAGGACAUCCUUCAGCUUCCAGAGAAAGACUUCCUGGCCAGUCUGGCCCUGUCCACCUCAGAGGAGUACGAGGUCUUCAAGAAGCUGCUGGCUCAAGAAAGGGAGGAAGAAGAGGAGGAGCACAGGGAUGCCCUAUACACAACAGAAUACGAAGACUUGGCCAGUGAAGGAAGUAAUCAAGCCUGGAACUGA